UCAAGAGCGGCAGAAACGGUUCCGCGUCUCCCGAAGAUGGUUCUGAGGGUGGGCCUGCUCGUGGCACUUACGGCGGGGCUCCUGCUCCUGCAGUUGGUGCGGAGUGAGAGACUUCGGCAGGAGAGUCUUGUAGACAGUCUCCACGUCUCACAAGCAGCGGCGCACGUGCGGGCAGGAGAGACCGUGCAUUACACAGGCGCCGUGCUGGAGUACGAGCCCUAUAUCACGUGGACUGAGGAAGGCGGAGAGGCCAUUCUGAGGGAAAACGCGAAAGUCAUUGCCGAGUACGCUGCUGUAGCCAAGGAAAUGGGUGCAGACAUCCUGGUGGCUCCCGAGUACGGCCUCCAUGGACUGGACAUGCACGUGUUGGUUCCCGAUGAGCUUUUGAGCUUCACGCAGACCGUGCCUGACCCACGUGACCGGGUCGUGCCUUGUUCUGCGACCUCAGACCUCGGCCAGGCGACCGCUAUAAAGGCGCUGAGCUGCUCGGCCUUAGAGAACCAAAUGUACUUGGUGGCUGAUGUGUCCGAAAAGACCCCUUGCUCUGAGGGCGACAACAGCACCUCCUGUCCUCCUUCAGGUAGCGUCUUGCAUAACACGCAGGUGGUGUUUGAUCGCAAUGGGACUGUCAUUGCGAGAUACCGCAAGAAGAACCUCUUCCUCGAGUGGCAGUUCGAGCCCGGCACCGAGAGCGACGACACGGCUCUCUUCACGACGGACUUCGGGGUCACUUUUACCCUCCAGGUAUGCUUCGACAUCGCCUUCGGCCACCCCGGCCUCUUCAACGUGGACUCGAGAGGUGUGAGGGACGUGGCCAUGAGCACAGCCUGGGUGGACAUCAUGCCCUUCCUCAUCGCGCCCUCCGUGCAGAACGGCUGGAGCCGCGGCCUGGGCGUCAACCUGCUGGUGUCCGGCCACCACCGCCCCGAGCGCUCCAAGCUGGGCUCCGGGAUCUUCCGCGGCGCGUCCGACCUCGAGCACGACUACGUGUACGACGUUGAUUCUGGGUCGCGGCUCAUCGUGUCGGAGGUGCAGACCGUGGCCUCCGUGGACGGCAGACGGCCCCCCCGCCGCCCUUCUCGGUCCCACGGCGUCGCGCCCCCGGAGGUGAAGCGGGGAAGCCGCCUGCCGCGUCGGGAUCACCUAGUGCAUUACGACGACAUGAGCAACUACACGCAGGUGGUGCUGCAGAAGGGCGACUCGCAGGUGGUGCAGCAUGCAGAGGCGUGUCACGAUGACGGCCUGUGUUGCCACCUGGCCUAUACUCCGGCGGGGAACCUCACCUACUCGCUCCUGGCCUACAGCGGUGUCGUCGUGCAGGGCUUUGGCACAUACCAGAUCUACGCCCAGAUCUGCGCCGUGGUGUGGUGCCGCAGCGAGGAUGUGGCCACCUGCGGCCAGCUGGAGGACCUGCCGGGCGCCGACACCUUCCCCGCUUUCACCAUCUACGCGGACUUCGCCGUGGAUCACGUCUACCCGGCCAUGUUCACGCGCGACCUCGUCCUAGUGGAGAACGACCUCUACGACUACAGCUGCGACGACCAGCGCUCCUGCACCAUCUCGACGUCGGCUGCGUUGCCUGAGCUCAUGACGGCCGGCUUCUAUGGCAGGUGGUAUGAGCGCGACCCAUGAGGCCAGGUCGUAUGUGGGAAACAGGGUUAGGUCUGUUUGUGCGCUGUGUGUUAUACUUAAUACAUGCUGUUUUCACAA